AUGGUCUCAUUAGCCAAUGACUCCCCCAACCUGUGGAACUCAUCGCUGCAGGAUACCGAGGCAAACAAGUCAUGCUUCUCUCUGGAGGAAGAUGAGCUGAGCCUGCACUUGGUUCCCGCCUGCAGCGAUGCUAUCCUGGAGGCCGAAGGGAUCCUGGGAACGAUGCAGAGCUACCUGGACUCCUCCAUGAUCUCUAUCAUCGAGGACUUCGGCACCCUGACCGAGAACAAGGCCUGCCUGGAUGCUCCAAACGAGCUGUCCCUGCUAACGGCCAUCACCGAGAUUCUGGACAGCACGGACGACGAGACCCUGUCUCCGUUUGACACCACCCUGGACUCCGAAUUGCUGGCACUGCCCCGGGAACGCGAGAGUUCUUCGUUUCAGAAGUUUCUCAGCUUGUCCCGGGCUUCCCCUGAGCGCAGCGUUCCCGCCCUAGAUGAUCCAUGGGGCCUCAGCGGCCCAGCCGCCAUCGGCAAGUUGGAGACGGGCCCUGUGGAUCUGCCUUGGAACCGUCCACUGAGCUGCCUCGAAGAGCCGGCAGCGCCGAAGCCGCGCCCCAGCAGAGCACCCCGGGCGGAGCGGAAGCUCCCCAGGCCCCAGCCCCUCCCGCAGCGCAGCGAUGGGGAGGAGGAGGAGGAGGCUGCUAGCCCUGGGCAGCCCGGCGGCGUGGCAGUGACGGGGGGUCUGCGGGAGAGCCCUAUGGAUUUGUGCACCGAAGCUGGGGGUGAGGAGGCGGCGUGGUCUGAAGACACUGACACUCCCUGUAUCAUUAGCACGGGGGCUGGGUCCCUCAGCGAGCUGGUGAAGUCCAUGCACCCGUACUGCCUGCCCACACUCACUGUGUGCCUGGACCCUGCCAGCGAGCCAGUGGCGAAGGAGUUCUUAACCGGCCCGCUCCUGCUGGAGAUCGUGCCGGGCGAAGGCGAGAGCCUGGAGAUCCCCGUGGUCCUGCAGCAGCUGGGUCCUGGAGCCCAGCUCCCAGAUGAAGGGGAGGGAGCCAGCGGUUGCCUGGCUGGCGAGGGGGAUGGUGCCCUGGAGCCGUUGCCUACGGAUGGUGUGGUGCCAGUGGGAAUGCCUGCCCAGGGGUGCGAGACUGGGGGCCCCGUCAGGGCCCCCCAAGAGGACACUACCAGCCCGACCCAGGAGAGAGAGUCCCCCCGGGGGGUUGACCCCGAAGCGAAGGACGAGGCGAGGCAAAGAGACCAGGAUCUGGAGAGCAGCUCCCGGCACAGCACAGAGGCGCCAGUGGGCAGGAAGCGCCAGGGCACCGAGAAGGGCCGAGGGCGCGAGAGGGCCCGGAAAAGCCGGAAAAAGAAAAGGGAGGAAUCGCAGAAGGGCCAGGCCAAGCCAGAUGGGGACUGUGCGGUGCGCAGGCUCCGCUCCAUGUCCGCGGUGCUGCCGCCAGCCACCCAGCGCUCCCCCAGCCGGGCAGCCCGGCCGUCCGUGCAAGUGUCCACCUUCCUGGAAAAGCAGCUGGAGCAGGCCAAGAAGGAAGGGCAGAUGGAGCUGCGAUCGGCCAGAGGGAGACCGAGGGCAGCGGCAGCAGGGGGCGGCCUGCAGAGGAAGGGUCGCCCUGAGGUGCUGGAGGCUGAGAAGCCCAACACGCAGCCAGCUGUGCAGAGCGCCGAGACCCCCGGGCCCUCGGAGCGGGCCGUGCCCAGCCCCGGGGAGCAGCCGGCUGCCGUGGGACCCGGCCCAGCCGAGCAGGGAGAGGGAGCUCCUGGGUGCAGUGAGGGGAGCCGGCCUGCCCCCACCAAAGGGAGCGUCCCCCCGCACGAUGACCUUAGUGCUGGCGGGGAGGCUGCCGGCUGGCCAUCCAAGCCCAGGGCACUCAGCCUGACCGAGUACCGGCUGCGGAUGCUGCGUCGCCAGCCCAGCGGGGCCGAUGAGAAGGAGGGGGAGAAGCAGGCAGCGAGCAAGUGGCCCAGCGUCCCCGAGCCCCCCACGGAGCUGGCCGAGAUCCCGUGCCUAAUGGCACCCGUACGCCCCCCGCCCUCGCAGCCUGCCCAGCCCGUGGAGACGCCCAGCUCGCAGAGGGGCCCAGAGAAACCUGCCAGCCCCCCUGCCACCCCUCCUCUGGCCAGAAAUGCACCUGCGGGGCCCCCCCAGACCCUGCCGGCUCCAGUGCCCCCAGGGCUACAGCUGCCUGUCCUCCCGCCGGCCCUGGGGGCUGCUGCUGCAGUGAUCCCGCUGGCCUCCCCGGCGCCCUAUGCCCUCUACCCACCAGUGCCUUCCUGGCCUUGCUUUGGGCCCCCGCCUGCCACCUACCCCAGUCUGUCUCCACCACCGGCCGCUGGCGGGACACCCAACGCCUUUCACCUGGUGCCUGGCCUGCCCCCGCCAGCUGUGACCUGGCCCACCCCUGCUCUGCCACCGCCUCCCUUCGGCCCAGGGGUGUCGUGUGCCCCCAUGGGCUGGCCCCUGGGCCUCCAGCCAUCCUACUGGCCCGGGGUCCCCCUGCCGCCGCCAGUGCCUCCAAUGGUGUACAGCGAUCCAGGGGCCGCUCUGCAGAGCCCGGGGCCAAACCCCUUCCCAGGUAGCCCAGCCGCCCUGACACCAAGCUGCCAAGAGCCCUCCGCUUUCACAGCACAGCCAAUGAAGCCAGUGCUAGCCAGCCAGGCCACCGCUGCUGCCAAGCACGAGGUGCCAGCCCAGCCCACCCAGCGCGGGCCACAGCCCUCUGGCCGGGCAUCUGAUCCCAGGAGGCAGAGCCGGCCUGUGGGCGAGUCACCUGCCGCCCAGCCUGUAGGACGGCCCCCUAUUGCCACCGCCCGGACCAUGGGGGAGUCAACUGCUGCCUGGCCUGUGGGGCAGCCCCCUGCCCAGCCCACGAGGGAGCCCCCUGUCACCCGGCCUGUGGGGGAGCCCCCUGCCUCCCAGGCAGUGGCUGAGUCAUCUGCCGCCCAGCCCCCUAUUGCCACCGCCCCGCCCGUGGGGGAGUCUGUUUCUGCUGCUGCCCCUCGGCCCAUGGGGGAUUCAGCCGCUGCCCGGCCUGUGCGGGAUCCCCCUGCUCAGCCCACAAGGGAGUCCCCUGCCCCCCGGCCUGUGGGGGCGCCCCCUGAUACCUGCCCCAGGGCAGAGGCUGCAGCUCCAGCAAAGGUCCCAGUGCCCAGCCUGCUGGAGGGGGCCCGGCCAGACCCCAAGCGAGCUGUCCUGCAAGAUCCUCGGCCGCCUGGGCACACGUCCAUCCCUGGGAAAAUGGGGGCACUGCUGAGAGUGCGUGAGGAGAGCCAGCCCACCAAGCCGGCCCCUGCCCAGCCCUGGAGACACCAGCCCCUCAUCAGCCCAGCCCAGCCUGGCGCCAGGAAGGACAUCGUGCAGGCCUUCAUCAGUGAAAUCGGAAUCGAAGCCUCCGACCUGUCCAGCCUGCUGGAGCAGUUUGAGAAGACUGAAGCCACGAAGGAGGAGCUGCACGUGCCUCGCCCUAGAGACAGGCUGGCGCCGGGGAACGCUGGCAGAUCAGAGAGCCACCAGGACAAGAACCCACCGGACAGCCUGCAUGCCCCGGAGUUGGCCAACGUCGCCGGCCUCACCCCGCCGGCGACACCGCCCCACCAGCUCUGGAAGCCGCUGGCUGCCGUCUCACUGCUGGGGAAGCCUGGGGCCGCCCCCCAGGAGGGCAGCCAGAGAACUGCCAAGUUCAUGGAAGCAAAGCCGCUGCCCCAGAGCAAACCUUGGGGGAAGGGCCCGCCCCCCACGACCUGCGGCCCACCCCCCAGCCACGUGGGCUCCGGAGACCAUGACUACUGCGUCCGUGGCUCCGCCCAGCCAGAGGAGGGCGCCAGGCUCCCCGGCACGCCGGCCCCGUCAGAGCUAGGCUCCCGCUGGAACGUGAAGCAUCACCAGGAUAUCACCAUCAAGCUGCCCUCCUCCCUCUCCACAUGGACGCUGGCCUGGCCCGGGCUCAACCCCCAGCCUGGCGCUGCCCCCGGCUCCAGCGAGCAGCUGGAUCACCGGACUAGUGCCCAAAGCCAGGUUGCCGCUGGCAGGAGCAGCCCCCCCACCUCGGUCUUGCUGUCUCCGGACGCGUCCCCCUGCCGGGACGAGGAGCCGCAGACUCGGGACCCGCAGCCGAAGCAGCUGGCUGCCAAGAGGUCCCUGCGCUGCUACCGGAGACGUGGGGCCUCGCCAAGCCCCCGGGCCCGCGCCAGCCGCUCUUUCAGCUCCACGUCCAGCGGGGCCAGCGCCUCCUCGUCUUCCUCCUCCUCGUCCUCCCGGUCUCGGUCCCGGUCGCUGUCCCCCCCUCCAAAGCGGUGGCGAAGGUAUCGCUCAAGACGCUCCCGUAGCUCCCACUCCUCCUCCCGCUCUAGCUGCGGGUCGUGCGGCCGGUCCCGGGGGAGGUCGUCGUCCUCAUCCUACUCGUCCAGAUCCUCCUCGGCUUCCCGCAGCCGCUCCCGCUCCCCAUCCCCCCGCAGGAGGAGUAACCGGAGGAGAAGAUACGAUUACGGCGACCCUCCGGAUCACUGCCAGCACCCGAAAGUCCUCCACAAGGAACGUGCUAUAGAGGAGAGGAGAGUCGUCUUCAUCGGCAAGAUCCCCAGCAGGAUGACGCGGGCAGAGCUCCGGCACCGCUUCUCCGUGUUCGGGGACAUCGAGGAGUGCACCCUCCACUUCCGGGCUGAGGGGGACAACUACGGCUUCGUCACCUACCGCUACGCCAAGGAGGCCUUCGCCGCCAUCGAGAGCGGCCACAAGCUGCGGCGCCCGGACGAGCAGCCCUUCGACCUGUGCUUCGGGGGGCGCCGCCAGUUCUGCCGGAGGAACUACGCGGACCUGGAUUCCAACCGGGAAGAUUUAGACCCUGCCCCCAUCAAGAGCAAGUUCGACUCCCUCGACUUCGACACCUUAUUGAAACAGGCGCAGCGCAACCUGCGGAGGUAGCGCUGGGCCCAUGGCGGCUCUGCCCGGUGCCCGCGGGAGGUGUCCCGGCCCGGCUGCAGCUGAGCAGGGCUUUACAGAGAAACGAAAAAGACAAAAAAAAGUGUCAAACCAGAUUUUUUAAACCAUUUGUUUUUAUAACAAAUAUUUAAGGCAGAUGAAUUGUCUCUGUUAACUGAGGGGCUGCCCCAGCCCAGUCACUCCGGUUAAUAAACCCGGGUCC